CCCAGACGCAUGCGCACGCGGCGCUGCGCCCAGGACGCGCUCGCUAUGCUGCCCCGACGCCUGACGCGCUGGCUGCUGUGCGGUGUCCUGCGGGGCCCCGCGUGCACCCUCGCGCGCCAUGGCUUCGCGGAGCCGCUCCCGGAGAGGAGGUGCGCGGCUGCCUCCUCCUUCCCGGGCCGUGGGCUUCCUCCCGGCCCCGCGGCCGCUGGGGAGCCCGAGAGAGGCGCCGGCGCGGAGGAGCGGUUUCUGUUCCCCGAGUACGUCCCGCUGCCGGAGCCGGCGCCCAGCCCCGUGGCCUGCCCGACGCCAAGCUGCGCGGCGGCUCGGCGCGGCCCGUGUGCCAGCGCUGCUGGCUGCUGCUGCACCACCGGCGCGCGCUGCGCCUGCGGGUGACCCGCGCGCAGUACCUGGAGCUGGUGAGCGCCGCGCUGCGGAGGCCGGGCCCGGCCCUGGUGCUCUACAUGCUGGACCUGCUGGACCUGCCCGACGCCCUGCUGCCCGAGCUGCCCGCGCUCGUGGGCCCCAGGCAGCUGAUCGUGCUGGGGAACAAAGUGGACCUGCUGCCGCAGGACGCGCCCGGAUACCUGCGGCGGCUCCGGGAGCGGCUGUGGGACGACUGCGUGCGCGCGGGGCUCUGGCCGGCCCCUGGUCACCAGGGGCCACAGCACGCCGGCGGGGGCGCGGACGCGGGGAAGAGCGGGGAUUCGUCGGCCGGGUCCCGCACGGUGGUCAGGGACGUGCGUCUGAUCAGCGCCAAGACCGGCUACGGGGUCGAAGAACUGAUCUCUGCGCUUCAGCGCGCGUGGCGCUACCGCGGCGACGUCUACCUGGUGGGCGCCACCAACGCCGGCAAGUCCACCCUCUUCAACGCGCUGCUGGAGUCCGACUACUGCACCGCCAAGGGCUCCGAGGCCAUCGACAGGGCCACCAUCUCGCCCUGGCCAGGUACCACGCUGAACCUUCUCAAGUUUCCUAUUUGCAACCCAACUCCUUACAGGAUGUUUCAACGGCAUAAAAGGCUUAAAAACGAUGCCUGUAAGUCAGAAGAAGACCUUAGCGAGCAAGAACAAAGUCAGCUGACUGCCUUGAAGAAGCACGGUUACGUAGUAGGAAGAGUUGGAAGAACAUUCUUGUAUUCGAAAGAACAGAAGAACGAAUUUGAAUUUGAUGCUGACUCACUUGCCUUUGACAUGGAAAAUGAACCUGCUGAGGUUGUGGAGAAACCCACCCCGAGAGUAGAACUGACCCCACAAGAUGUAAAAGAUGCUCACUGGUUUUAUGACACGCCCGGAAUUAUGAAAGAAAACUGUAUUUUGAAUCUUCUAACAGAUGAAGAAGUAAGUAAUGUUUUGCCAACACAUUCCAUUGUUCCAAGAACCUUUGUGCUUAAACCAGGAAUGGUUCUAUUUCUGGGCGCCAUCGGCCGCAUUGAUUUUCUGCAGGGAAACCAGUCCGCUUGGUUCACAGUGGUGGCCUCCAGCUUCCUGCCCGUGCACAUCACUUCCUUGGACAAGGCGGACGCUGUGUAUCAGAAGCACGCAGGCCACGCGUUGCUCCAGGUUCCAAUGGGUGGAGAAGAACGAAUGGCAGAAUUUCCUCCUCUUGUUGCUGAAGACAUCACAUUAAAGGAAGGACUUGGGCCGUCAGAAGCAGUGGCUGACAUCAAGUUUUCCUCUGCAGGUUGGGUUGCAGUGACGCCUAGUCUUCAGGACAGACUGCGUCUCCGAGGCUACGUGCCCCGGGGGACAGCUAUGACUGUCCGGCCUCCGCUCCUGCCCUACAUCGCUAACAUCAAGGGAGAGCGCAUCCGGAGAAGCGUGGCCUACAAAACCAGGAGACCACCUUCGCUUGUGUACAACGUGCAGAAGAAGAACCAGAGAUGAAUGUGCAGGCCAGCCGGGUCACAGGACAAGAACUGCCAGACACAGCAGUAGACAGUGAGGUUGGCGCAUGUAUAGCUGGAAUAAAGCCUUCCCUCUCUGUUUAAAGAGCUUAA